UCGCACGGCUCCGACACGGCAUGGCCCCCGAGUCGUGACAAGACUCUUUUGCCGAUGAACAUCUACUACGCCUGGGACCUCCCUAUAUCCGAUUCGCUGAUCAAUAGCGUGAUGCAGACGAGCGCAAGCUACCUGACAGACCUUGCAGUAAGCGAGAACCAGGACGUCGGCGACGCGCCGCUGUAUCCCAACUACGCCAUUUACGAUACGACGUUGUCGCGGUUGUAUGGUGAUAAUCUGCCGAGGCUGCAGUCUAUCAAAGCACAGUACGACCCAAACAACGUCAUGGGACUCGCUGGGGGAUGGAAGUUCUGA